AUGUGGAUUGGAAUAGCCGAUUUUUUUUUCUUUUACCACACCCUCCUUAUGUUACUUCCGAACACAAAGGCACGCGCCCACACGCACACACACAUAUAUAUAUAUAUAUAUAAAUAUAUACAUAAGCAUAUACAGGCACAUGCACGCGUCAUCGACCCAUUGAUCCAAUGCAGUAUCGCGGGUACCGUAAUCCCACCCGUAUGUUACAUUUGCUCGCCCCUUUUUCGUGUCUCUCUCGUUUUUCUACAGUUUUUCCUUCUUUUCUUUUUUUUCUUUUUUUUUCCCCCUCUCCCUCUCAGACAAACGGACGUGCACGCAUGCAAACCUGCACACCCACCAAAUCUUUCCACGUGCUUUUUCUCGUUUCUUUUUUCAUUUUUAUUUACUGCGGUGGUUGUUUCUUUUUUUUUUUUUUUUUGGCUCUUUCGUUUCUUCCCCUUUUUUAUUAUUUUUGUUAUUAUUUACUCAUGUCCCUCUGUUCUUUUUCCCUUUCGUUUCUUGCCCUCUCCAUGCACGAGGAAUUUGUUGUGCCCUCGCAUUUGGUGGUAA